AUGUUUACCAACUGGGCGUCCAUUGUUACUCAACCUCAGUCCACUACCAUCAAGCCUCCAGCGCCUUUCCAAGGUCCUAAAGUCUUCCCACGUUACACCUCAACACCUGAUGCGUCUGUAACAUCAUUCACUCCACCGGCCGAAUAUAAAUCUUUUUAUUCGUAUAUCCAAAAGAUAAAGAAAGCCACCGACGUUACAACCAGCCACCUCGACGCACUCGGUGUUUCAGUCGAGUAUGAUUUCCCCGUCGAGAAGAUGUUGCCCGAAGGUGAUUGGUUUCCAGCAGAAGACGAUAAAACGUUUUCAGAGAGAAAGAAAGAGCUCCUGAUAGCCAACAAUGAUGCUUUUGAUGUUUUGUCAAGGAAGAAUAAGACGAUUAGAUUGGGGCACAUGUAUCGAUUCUUUCAAGCAAUGGAAUUACUAAGGCCGUACUAUCCAACGGCACCUGUUUCGUCUGAUGUUGCUUCGAGUCAAAGCGAUAGCGAAGAAAGGUCCGAGCAAGGGAGUGGGAAACGGAAAGCAGAAGAAGAUGUCGAAGGUGGUGUAGAGAAAAAGGGGAGAGCCAGCGAAGAAUCAGCAGAAUCUGAUGGAAGUGUUAACGAAGAGGACAAAAAAGAUGGCAAGAAGAAGAAACCAGAGAAGUUUUCAAUGCCAGAGAAGUUCAGAGAAGAGCUGGUGAAGAAUUUCAUUGAGCCCAUAUGUUGGGGAUAUGGAGUGCGGGUUUAG